AUGGCUCUUCGGAGAGAGACCGGCAGCUCCGCUUCUGACGACGAGCCUCGGAGAGGAGAUGCGCAAGACAAGCGCCGAAUAGGACCUUCACCGGACCGCCCCACGCAGGUCAUCGUACACCGCCCGAGGGUGGCUUCGACUUCACAGCAAGAAGAGAUCACCACGAAGACAUUCGAACACGCCGGAACGGAGCCGACUAACAUGACCUUGCCGCAACCAAACCUUGGUCACCACCAUCGUCGUUGCCUCACAAGACUCCACCCGGAACACCCGGACCUCCGGUUGACCUCCUGCCAACCCAGAAGCCAUGUGUGCCUAUCCCGCCGGAGGGCGCGAAGGGGGUCACCACCUUCAAGACGACGCCCUCAAGAGGGGACACGACGAAGAAUCGACGCCGUCGUCCGAUCCCAUAGGAUCAAGGCUUUCACCCGAAGACGUGAACCCGAGGCAGCGAAGGUCGUAGAGCUCCACGACCGCCCCCCAAGAAGGACAGCGACAUCCACAGACGCCGCGCGGUCAGGCUUUCGCCCGGAGCAAACGAACCACCACACCCCCACGCGGCCGGACAGCGAGACGAAGAUCGAAAAACGCUGUCAGCCCGCAGUCCGCAGACAGACCUCAUGUGCAGAAGCGGCGCCACCGCCACACACAAGCCACCACCGCCACCUCCACCAGACCAAGGAGCUCCGCGAGCUCGGCUGCCACCACCCGCACCAUGCGGGGUUGAAGAGCCGAGUCGCACCAUCACUGCCGACCAAACUCACCGAGAAGAGCUCCGCGGACGCCGCCAACCGCCACAGAGAGGGAACUUCGACAGACGCCAACACGGGGGGUCCAAGGCAGAGCCGUCGGCCGCAGCAGCGCGAGCCCCCGGUCCAGCCACCAUGCCGCCCUCGCGGCCACAGUGGCCGCCAACCACCGACAUCACACCCGCAGGGCCGCUGCCCCGCCAUCCAGCACUGCCCCCACCCCUGCAGCAACGCCGGUGAAGGCCGGGAAGAAGGGCGCCGCCGCAGCCCCGGCAUCCACGCACCGAGCCAGCGCGAGCGGCGGCGAUCCCGAGCAGGCCCGCCGGAGCCCAUCCGGGCCCGAGCGCGCGCCGCCAUGCCCCGCCCCGCCAGCACCGCUGCACCACCGCUGCGCCACCGCUGCGCCCCGCCCACGCGCCAUCACGGCCGCUGCGACGCCGUCAUCGCCCAGCCGCCGGCCCCGCGCCCGCCGCCAUGCCCUGCGCCCGACGAGCUCCCUCUCGCCAGGGAACGCGGGAGGGAAAGGAACCGCCCCGCCGCCACCUUCCCCGGGGGGCGCGCGGCUUUGCCGGCCCCCCUCCGUCGGCGGCGAAACAGGGAGGAGAGGUGGAGGGUGGCUACAGGCGGCGGCGGGUAG